CAUUCACACAUUUUCCAUUCCAACAAAUCAAAAACAUUUUCUUUCCCAUAUAUCUCCCUCUCUUUCAAAGCAUCAAAUCUAUCACAAAUUCUAGCUUUCUGAUUCGAACCAAAUCCUUAAACAAAAAAUGGAUCAAAAUUUGCCAAUUGUAGCAAAGAAAUUCUGGAACAUAGUACGAGUAGCUUUCUUCAUGCUGAAAAAAGGCAUAUCAAAGAGAAAAUUUAUGCUCGAUUUCAACUUAUUUAUGAAGCGUAGCAAAAUUGCUAGCAAAGCCGCAAUUCAUAAUCUCAUGUUCCACCACAUGACCCAUCAAUGGUCUAAUUCCUCAUCUUCUGCCACUUCGCACGUGGGAGAUAUCUCACACGCUCCACCCAAUGAGUACGAGUUCAGCUGCAGUAACAGCCCAGCUUACACUAAAACCUUCCACCUUCCAUUCACCUUCAACAAGCGAAGCAAGCACCACGCGCAUCAUUUUCACGCGCCGGCCAUCCCAGACGACGACGUUUUUGUGAUGAAUGCGGCUGUGAUGAAGGCUAUGGAGAUGCUUCAGAAUGAUAAUUCUUCGCCGGCUAAUAAUUUGCCGGGUUUUGGGAGGACUCCGACGGUGAGGCAGUUGAGGAUUACCGACUCGCCUUUUCCGCUGAGAGAUGUUGAAGAAGAUAGCCAUGUUGAUGAAGCUGCUGAAAAUUUCAUAUCAAAAUUCUACAGGGAUUUGAGGCGGCAAGCUUCUCCUGCUCCAUAAAUAACGGUGGCCAAUGCAAUAAAAAACAACAAUACAGGAGCUGUCAUUGUUUCAAUUUUCAGUGUAGUAAUUUGGAAAUAUGGAGAACUUAAUUGGAAGCUCAGAAAGUAUAUGCAUAUAUGCAUGUAAAAAUUUCAGCUUUCCGUUCUGUCCGUGGAUGUUUUUUCCCCCCUUUUCCUUUAGGGGUAUUGUGGAAAUAUCAAAAAUGAAAAAUGUAGUCCUAUGGAAUAGUAUAUAGUUGUGAUGAAAUCUUUCCAUUUAUUCUUUUUUAUUUGUAAUACUAUGAAAUAUUCAGAGGCUUAAGUCCUGAAAGUUUGAUUCCAAUAAUUAUCUCUUUCGCUCUA